CUCCCGUAAUCGCCAGAUCGCCAGACAUACCGUCGAACGGAAACGAGCUGCUCCAACAUACAUCAUGCAAGCAUUCCAAGGAGUCAUACGGACCGCUGGAUCGUCGCUGUUAUCGACAAACGUAUCCCGCAAACAACUACCUCGAAUCGCCGCCCGUUCGCUCGGUUUGACCAGACAACGUGCACAUCAUCAAGGUCGAGGCAAUCGUCAUGACCGCCAUUCCACAUCUGCACCUGACUAUCGUGCCAUCCUUUCCUUCUCGCUAUUGCCUUCCCUCUAUAUGCUCCUUCCUGACUCUCUGCGCGGAGAUGGCUCUAACCCGGACCUCUCGCCUUACCAAUAUACCCGACAUACCAUUCAUUCCGUUCAGAGGCUCGGACCGCAACAUCUCUUGCUUCGCAUAGAACUGAGUGCCAAGUCUAGGGCCAUGUUCAAUGUCGAUGCUGCUGGAGUUGCCGCUGAGGACGGGAAGGAAAGGUCCUCAGAGGUAGUGACGAUACAGCACGUCUGUGUCAAAUCGCCCGACUUACAGAUCGAGAGGCCGUACACUCCAAUCAACGAUCCGGCAGCGGAUGGGUACAUGGAAUUCGUCGUCAAAAGAGUGAGAGGAGGAGAGGUUGGGAGGUACAUCCAUUCCAUGGAAGCAGGAGACGAGAUCGAGCUCCGAGGUCCGAUCAUGACCAGCAGGAUCCCUCUCUCGGGGUUAUCAGAGGUUGAUCUCAUCUCGACCGGGACCGGAAUAGCCCCAUUAAUGCAACUCCUCAACAAGCUCGCCUCCAGACAAAGGCUUUCCAGCGCGAGCUCGAGUUCAAGCUCGAUGAUACCGACGUUCAACUUAUAUCAAUAUGAACCGAGGGAAGGAGCCUUGGACUUGGCAGAGGUCGAGCAAUUCUUCCCAGCUCUGAGAAGAAUUCGCGGGACGGACGGGACCUCUCGGGUCUCUGAGGGGGCACAUUCGAAGUCGGGUUCGAACAUUCGGUUCUUCCGUUACAAGCCGACUCCGCAGGCGGGGACUGGUCAGGGAUCGAUCGACUGGAGUAGAAUCUUGUUGGACAACAAUGGCACGGAACAGACGCCCGGUGUGAGCGUCACCGGGACUGCGGCCGAAACCGGGACUAGGGAAAGUUCGGGCUGGUGGGCUGGCUUGUGGAAAGGCUCGUCUGGCGUCAGCGAGACUAUAUCCUCGGCUGGAGAGGUACGGCGGGUAGAGGCGACUAGGGGAGCGAUCAUGUGUCUGCCGAAAGCUAUGGCGGACUCGCUGGUCGGUCGAGAUUACCCUAUCACGUUACGGAAGAAGGAUGCGCCAUUGGGAGGGGUCUUGGGAGCGUUGGGAUACUCGAAAGAUCGGGUGUGGGUUUUGUAGAGCGACACGGCGACCCAUGAUCGAGCUCUUUCCGACGAGCGAUACCCGGCUUGUCCAUCGAGCACUGUUCUUCUUGACAGAAAUGCCCAACCGUCCUACAUCGACUCUCCAUUUCUCAGUUUCAUGUACAACAUUCCCGAGUUGCGAGUAGAUGGUCUUUGAGAGGGG